UCCUUAAUAUCCUAUUAUUCUUGAAAAAAGGGGGAAAAACAACGGUUGGCGGUUUCGUAACGAUUCUGUGGGUCAUCUCAAUCCGCUAACUUGAUCAUCUUCAUUCUUCUAGGGUUUCUUGAAUUCCCCCAAAUCAAUCAACCCGUUUCUGAAUGAAUCUCUGAACGACGCAGUAUAGGAUCGCGAUUCUUCCAUAUUCCCUCCACUGCACCGCAUCGUUCCACAGGCGUAUUGGGAGGAGAGACUCUGCUAAAGAUGACCAGCCAAGUUUCCAGCAGAUAUUAGUCAUCAACAACGUCGAUGUAUAUGAAAAAAGAAAUCGGUGGAUAUUUCGCUCCAAUAAUAAGGUAAUAGGUGACUGGAGGUGGAAAUCAAGAGAUUUCUCAAUCAAAAGGGUAGUGUUGCAAUGUUGGCUUCUGAAGAUAUUUUGUCAUUCAAAUCUUACCAGAACCGGGCUAAUUUGUUUGUCAAGGAAUAUUUACUAGCCGACUCUCUGAUUCCAUAUACUUCUGUUAUUAGUGGCAUGUUAGCUUGCAAGAUGGUCUAUGAGCUUACUCAGCAUAUUGGUUCUAAUUACUUUAAGAUCUAUUCCAACUUCUCCAAAAUCCAACGUAUUGAGUGGAACAACCGUGCUAUAUCAACUAUACAUGCCAUUUUCAUAACAUCUAUGUCGUUGUACAUGGUGUUUUGCUCAAAUCUAUUUUCUGACUACCAGUCUACUGAACUUAUUACUGAGCGAAGCUCUUCAUUGUCAACUUUUGCACUGGGGGUUUCUGUUGGUUACUUCAUUGCUGAUCUAGGGACAAUAUUAUGGUUUUUUCCUGCUCUUGGUGGAUAUGAGUAUGUGAUUCAUCAUCUGUUUUCUUUGGUAGCAGUAGCAUAUGCAAUGUUGACUGGGGAAGGACAGCUUUACACAUUCAUGGUCCUGAUCUCUGAGACAACUACUCCAGGGAUCAAUUUGAGAUGGUAUCUUGAUGUAGCUGGAAUGAAAAAGUCCAAAGCUUAUCUCAUCAAUGGGGUUGUAAUAUUUAUUUCUUGGCUGGUUGCCAGAAUACUUCUGUUCAUAUACAUGUUUUACCAUGUCUACUUGCACUUUGAUGAGGUUGAGAAGAUGCACACCUUUGGGCAGAUAUUAGUUAUUGUUGUGCCAUUGGUGCUAUCAGUUAUGAACUUGGUUUGGUUUGCUAAGAUUAUCAAAGGCUUGAGGAAGACAUUGGCAAAGAGGCAGUAAAUAAUUCUGCAUAGUGAAACCUUUUUGAAGAAAAUGUAUAGGUUACCCCUACCCAUGUCGAUAUCAACCUCACCUAGUUCCACGUGAAUCUGAAUUUUUUUGUAUAAUUUUUUCUUUUUUAAUGCUUAUAUAUAUAAACACGAGAGAAGAUUUACUUACUCCAUAGUAUAAGGCUCGCACUUAAUUAGUACUUAUUAUUAAUUUUAA